AUGGGUCUUCCUGGGGUUCAGAUGUGGACACGGACACUGCUUGUCUGCCUGAGUUGGAUAUGUGUGGUUCAAGCAGUGGCCGGACCGUAAGUUUACUUGUAAUAUUUAAAAAAAAAAUGCAUCAGAUUGAAAUAUUUGUCAUACUGACUCUGAACACACACAAAAUAUGUUUUGUUUUGGGUGUUUUUUGCUCCACUGCAGGGAAUUCUUGAAUGUAAGAUCUGAUUAGGUAUUUAGUGCAUGUGUAUUUGUGUGUGUAGGCAGUACAUGGUGGCCAUUCCAGCGACCAUCGAAGCGGGGACUCAAACACCUUUCUGUGCAAGUCUCCUGAAGCCCAAUGAGACUCUGGUCAUGACCGUCUCUUUAAGGUCCCAGGAACAAAAUAUAACCCUAAUGGAGGAGACGUCCAGUCAGGCAUUUCACACCUGCGUGAAGUUUCAGGUCUGCUGAUUUACUUUUGCUUAUUUUCUGAAAAUUCUCAGAAAAUGUGUAGACACAGUCCCUAAGUUAGACUCUCUGAACUGUGAUUCAUAAAACACUCCAAGACACAGGUCUGAUCAGUAGUGGGUCAGUUUGUACUAUUGAAAAAUAAAGGUGAUAUUUUGCUUUUAAAUUCUAAAAUGAGUUUUCAAAUUUACUGUAAGAAUAAAAAAAUAUGAUUGAACAUACUAACUUAAAUUGCUCAUUUCCCCUGGUGUCUAAAAAAACAUCUUUUUUUUUUUUUUUAGACUCCGCUGGUGAAAAGCAAAGUUUGGAAGUUGGAGGUCGAGGUCCGAGGACAAACAUUUUACUCAAAAGAAGUCAGAAAAGUUAUGGUUAAAACCUACGAACCGAGCACAUUCGUCCAAACAGAUAAACCAAUCUAUCUCCCAGGACAAACAGGUAAUCUUGAUUAGUUUAUCUGGGAAUUGGUCAUGCACUCAAAAGAGGAAAAUAUCUCAGUCACAUGUGAAUUUGAUAAUCAGAUCAAAUAGUUUUGAGUGUUUUGUGAUUGGUGAUUGGUUUGAAAAGCAUGCAGUUUUUGCUCGAUAUAAAUUAAACCAAAGAAAUUACAAUACAGCUGUUUUAAAACUCCUGAGGAGAGAUUUUGGGGUCGAUAUGAAUUGAACUUGAAUUGACGCUUGUACCUCUUGUUGGAAAAAAAAAGCAAAUGAGAUCAUUAGUAAGAAAUUAACCUUACUUUUAUCACUGUUUCUAAAAUCUGUCACUACUGCCAAGCGUAGGACAAAACAACAUGCUCCAGAAACAGAUUUUCUUUCCAUGUUGAGACUUUAAAUGUCCAAGGAGGCACCAAAAUUAAGUUUUCCCAAGCCCCUUAAAUAAACCUUAUUCCAUGGUACAGUAAAAAUAAAAACCUAUCAUCAAGAUAUGAGCACAUAAAAAUGCACAAACAUUAGCUAUGGUGUUGCAAAAUGGAGUCAAUAUGAAAUGCAUAACGCUGCAGUUCCACCACUGUCCACUUGGGGCUGAGCUCAUAUUAAAAUGUUGAAUUUUGAAGCAGAAAAAGCCACGUUCAGUGACUUGUUUAAAUCAACAUUUCCAGCCAGUAUGACCAGUGUUGAGCCUGAACAUGAUAAUUACUGAUAUAAAUUUGGACAUUUUGAUGAGCCCUCUGACAGGGUUUCCUCGGCUGUUGUAUCGAGCUCCAAGUGUGAUGCCGUAUUUGGCCUUUAAGGGUUGACUUUAGCUUUUUAACAGCAAGUGUUGCUGACUUUGUUAAACACCUACAAACACGCAGUAACCCUGUUUGCUCAGUUUCUUUGCAAAAAUCUAACUUUGCAUAGAUUAAGACCCAAGUCUACAUGAUUUGAGUCCAUUAGCCUUUAAACCUAGGAAAAAUAGCUAUCGUGAUAUUUGAACUUUUUCUUACAGAUUAUUCCAUGUCAGAAAUCUUCUUGUGUGUAUCUCUGUCUGUUGUGUAAUUCUCUUGAUGCAGUUUUGGGGUUUUGUUAAGAUUGUUUUACUUCAGUGGAUGAUCUUUCAAAGGUGCAAAUAAUCUCUUUAUGUAUUUCUCAGUGCAUUUUAGGGUUGUCUCACUGGACAGCAAGUUGAGACCAGCUAAUCGGUUGGUGAGUGUUGGAACACUUUUGUAGAUCGAUUUUUAGAUUAAUUAAAAACCGGUUUCAUUAAAUUAUCUUCAUAUAUUUUAACUGAUUAUUUCAUUGAAGGCUAUUGUUUAGUUCAUGUUCAUGACUAUCCACAAUACAGCUUGACUGCCCUUUAAUUGUUCACUGUGCAACCUGUGCCUUUCGUAAAAACCAUUAGGCCAGUUUACACAUGAUUACAAUUACUUUAAAGUUGCAAAAUCAUCGUAGAAUCAUAAAGACACCAACAUCAGUGGCAUUACAUCACAAGGUCCUCAAACAUCUUUCUCUCCUUCUCUUUUUCACAGUACAAAAUCAUUGAGCUUGAGGUAAGAAAGUACAUGAUUUAUUUUCAAGUGUAAAUUGUGCAAAAAAAGUGCAUUUUUAAUGCCAAACAUAUAACCCAGUUUCCCCAAACAUGUAAAAAAGUAACAACAAUUUAACAUCAGUCUCACUUUUAUGUUACACAAACAGGACCCUGCCAGUAACAGAAUCGGUCAGUGGUUGGAAAAAAGCUCAAAUGGCAAAAUAUUGCAGCUGUCUUACUCACUGAACUCAGAGGCUCGUGAGGGAACCUACAGUGUCAUUGUGCAGAUCGGAGAGGAGAAAAUAUAUCACAACUUUAAGGUGGAGAAAUACGGUAAGUUACUGUUUAUCUUCAAACCUUUGAUUUAAACAUUUUUGUUGCAAAGCAAGAAUACUUUAAAAAAUGUAUAUUUUAUCCCCAGUUUUGCCAAGAUUUGAAGUGAAAGUAGAAGCUGCAGACAAAGUCAGCAUUGGGCAGGAAGAAAUCAAAGCUAAAAUAUGUGCAAAGUAAGUCCAAACUCUCACUCCCCAUACACUCAUCUCAUGACAUUAUGACUUAAUUUUCCUAUGUUUAAGUGAAAGUCUUAAAGUGCCUCUCAGGAUGCUUUUAUGUCAUACCAGCUUGUAAAACCAACCACUAUUCGAGUGAGGGGUAAUGUAUAGUGAGCAGGUUGUUAUAUCAGACUGUAACCUUGACAGAGUGAGCAGGUCUUAUCCAGAAUACUCAACCACAUCUCACUACAUGCCUCUGAUUGAACAGCUUCUAAUCAUUCACUUGACAUAAAAGCUGAUUAGGAAAUGAUUUUAUUGAUUUAAAAAUUGCGAUAAAAGUCCUUUACACUCACAGUUUGAUGUGCACCCAUGGGGCAGUUUACUCUAUAGCCAUUUUGAAAUGAGACAGCUGUGCCUGAGGUGGGAGGCUCCAGGCUGCAUGGGAUUUUCUCCCCCAGCUAAGCCCUGUCCACCUGAAAAAGUCACACUGUGAACUAACACUAAAAGGGUUUAUAGGGACGAUCAAAGUUGCUAAAACUGCAUUGAACUAAAUUGAAUAUUUACAUUCCAGGUAUACAUAUGGACAGCCUGUGCCAGGCAAUGUUAAAAUCGAGUUGCUACGACCUCUGAGUCGUUUUUAUAGCAGAGCCAUCGAGAGAUCCCCCGACCAACCAGAUGGUGUCCCUGAGAUAACAGCCCCCUCCCACAAGGAGAUCAAACAGGUACAGCGAUGACAUGCUCACACGUUUGUUGGAAGAGUUUUCAUUUGGGCGUAGACUGAUGAAAAGUUUGAUAACACCAUAACUCCUCAGAAAUGAAGCCAAACUUUUUGAACUCUCCAUAUUAACUAUCUGCAGUGUUGGUGGUAAACCCAUCUAAUUCAUCUUCUUUGACUGAACUUCACAGGCAGAUAGGACCGGCUGUGCAGACUUUGUGGUCAAGUUAUCCACUUUCACAAAACUGGACCAGAAAGUGUUGCGAGACUCUCUGCAACUCAAAGCCAGUGUGGAGGAGGAGGGAACAGGCAAGCCUCAGUCCUAUGUUUUAACUUCACAGGGGUAGCAAAAGUAGAGAAUAGCUUACAGUGAACAGAUUAAGAAAUGUAGAGGAUGGAACGGGUGACUGGAACCCUUUUAUUUUUAUCACUUCAAUAACAAGGAUAAUGUUGGACUCUGACUUCAACGUGAAUCAAAAAGUCCAGUUUGAAGUCAAAUCAACCUGCACCAGGUGGUCCAGAAUUAGUUGCCAGUGAAGUGCUACCUGCUGUUAAAUCACAGGAACUAUAUCUAGAAAUAGAAUCCCUCCAGGGUCCCAUCUCACCCUGUCUUGACUCCAUUUCACAUAACCAUAUUACAUGUUUUACACAGAGAUGUAACUCUCAGGCUUCGUGUGCAGGUAUCUCACACCACAGUCAGAAGAGGAUGGAGAUUUCCUAUGUUAUUGGACAGUUACUCUUUGUCGACACACCCAAGCUUUAUGAGUCAGGAUCAAACGUGGAGGGAAAAGUAAGUGCAGGCACUCACUGUAACCCAGAUCGGUAACACUUUACAAUAACCGUAACUUAUAAAUGGUAAAUAGACCAUUAAUAAAUGGUAAGCAGAUAGUUUAUUAAUGCGUAAUCAUCAUUUAUAAAAAGCAUAUGGACUAUUAAUAAAUUGUAAAUUUUGCAAUUUAAAAAACCUAACCCUAACCCUAACUUUGCAACAACCAUCUAAGUAAUAUUUAAGUUUAUAAACCACUUAUUAAUCAUUUACAAAGUAUUACAAACAUCAGUUGCAACUUUACAAUAACCAUCUAAGUAAUGUUUAUAGAUGGUUUAAAAACCAAAUAUUGACCAUUUACAAAGUGUGACUGACACACAUUUUAAUCUAGAUGUUUUACAACCAAUAUUUAAACCCCAUAUAAACCUUUAAUAAAUGGUCCAUUAAUAAUUAAUGAAAAUUAUUAAUCAUAAUUACGUUGCUUGUUAAUGGUAAAGUAACUAUUAACUAAUAUUAAUAAACUAUCUAUUUACCAUUUAUAAAUUAUGGUUUUUGUAAAGUGUUACCCACAGAUCAUGUACACAUUCCCACCAUGAGCUCUUAGUCAUAAAACUUUGUGCUGUUUGCAGGUCAAAGUACUCAGUCACGAUGAUACACCAAUCCCUGAUUUUCGGGUGCACCUGUUUGAGGGUGAGAGGUGGUCAGCACGCCUGCUGCAGAAUCUCACAACCAACAGUGAGGGAGUCGCCACUUUCACCAUCAGCACAGCCGAGUUUAAAAAAGACAUCCAGCUCUUGGUACGUAUGGUGUGAGCAUGCAAUAAAACACAUCACUUGUAAAUUUUUCUCUCAGAACUUGAUUUUAGCUCAGGAGACAGAGGUUAAUUUUUUGUGUUUAUAACUCCCUGAUCUAGGCAAACAGCAAGCCUGACGUGAGGUAUGAAGGCCAUCGGACUCCGUACUAUCAAACUGGAGAGCACACAAUGUCGUCAGCCCAAACGUUUACUACAGACAUUAAAACAAUCAGCACCCUGGAGGUGCAGAAGAAAGACAAACCAUUUGCCUGUGAUGCAGAGGAGGACAUCCACAUCAAGUAUGUGGUUGUUGGGGAAGCCCAAGGCACUGCAGAUGUGAUGUAUCUGGUAGGUGGAUAAUUUAAAAGUGCAUUAUUGUUCCUCAAAAGAAAAACACCUUUUUUCGGUGCUUUAAAAAAGAAUGACAACCCCAGUAAGGAAGGACUCCUAUUUUAUGUGUCUUUGAAACUUUGUAGGUCUUAGCAAGAGGAGCCAUUGUGAUGCAAGGAUUUAAACAGGUUGAAGUCCAGGAUAAACCAGGUAAGAUGAAAUUGGCUCCAAAUAUGUACUAUUGAGGAAUUGCUUGGUUUCUAACUAUGAGGGCUUCAAAUGUAAUUUUUUUCACUUCUCAGGUUAAAGGUUAAAGGUCAAAUGAGUGAGUCAGGUUUAUGGUCCAUAAAUGGAGUUCCCAGUCAACCCAGAGGUUUUUCACUCUGCAAAUAUUGACUGAACUUUGGUUCAAAGCCACUGGUAGCUGCAUCCAGCAUUAUCUUAGUAUUAUGUAACACAGGGUGCCUGUUACAGUGAGCACCUAAAAGUGUGAUAAAAAAGCCAGCUACCAUCUGAAUUUAAAAUAUUGUCCGUAAAUUUCAGAAAACUCUGACGGUGUAGAGUUGACACAUAUCAUGGAAGCUGAUUACACUUACCUGAAGCUGUUAUUUUUUCUGUUUCAGUGACUGAGGGUCAGAUGUCCUUUACAUUGAGAAUGUCCCCAGAGAUGGCCCCAGAUGUACAAAUUGUGACCUACGCCAUCCUCCCCAGUGAGACAGUGAUUGCACACAGUGCUGAGUUCACCACUGAGAAAUGCUUCAGCCACAAGGUCAGUGUGCAGGCUGAUAUUGGUAUAAAGUGAUGUAACAGUUUAAAAGGUCUAGAAGAUCUAAUUCACAAAGCAAACUGCACCAGUGCUGUUUAGCUGAAAAUCACCCACAUAUUUCUGCAGCUCUGUACAGUUUGCUCCAGUUUUGUGUCUGAUUUUGACAGAGAUGACAGGUUUAACACACAUUUAUGCUGAGCUAAAUAGAGUGAGGAGGUUUAUUUUGCUAUGGGGUUUAUUUGCGCACAAAGAGUUAUAUUUUGCUGCAAAUCAAUUUACUUUGGCUUAUUAAAUCGAUAGCAAACAAUGCUGGUCCACUGAGAUGUGUUUAUUGCUCUGAAGCACAAUUUGAGCAGCAUAAAAAACUUUGCCUGGGGUGAGUCGGACCAUGUCUUUCAGCUCAAUCACACAGGUUUAGCUGGUGCAGAAGCUGUCCGCUUCUUAAUGAAUCAGGCCCACGGUGCACAGAUAUCUCCCAAAAGAGUGAUUCACAAGAUCUUUUUUCCUCUGUAAUAGGUGUCUUUGGAGUUUUCUCCAUCCUCAGCUGUUCCAGGAGAGGAAAACACUCUGCAGGUGACUGCCCUUCCAGACUCUCUGUGCGGCCUGAGCGCUGUCGACCAGAGCGUCCUCAUCAAAGAGCCUGGGAAAACUUUGGACACAGACAAGGUAAAGGCUGGACUCAACCAGGUGCCUUUUGAUCUCCCUUCAGAGGCAGGAAACAUUUUUAAAGGCAGCAUCCACUUUGGGUUCCCGGAGAUAGCUUGAGGUACAGUGGAAUAGGUGGUCACCUAGGGGGCUACACUUUGGGGAUUCAACCUCACUGCUAACCUGUCUGUAAUCUGCUCUAAAGUUAAAGCAGAUAAAAAGGAAACAUGGGUGUUCCAGUUCAAGGAAACAUGAGUGUUCCAGUUUAAGACAAGCACAGGCUGACUUGAUAGCCACCUUCAACUGGUCGGUUUAUUUGGAUCUGGUGUUUCUCAAACAGAAACAUCCUGAUCAGCAAACGAUUUAGUCUGGCUGUGUUGGCAGGUCCUAAACUGUGCUUCUCAUUUUCCAGAUAUUCAAUCUGUUGCCUGUUAGAAAAUCGACUUAUAUUCCAUACGAUGCAGAAGACAAUCAGGAGUGCCUCCUGGUGAGAUCAAAAAGAUCUUAUCUGCCAUACCCUCCACGCCGCUCCACAGACGACGCAUAUAAUGUUUUCCAGGUAAUGUUUUACACAAUGUGUACUUUGCUCAAGUUUAUUUUGUUGUGUUGAGCAAACUUUUAAGCAGUCUCUUUUUUGUUUGUUGUUUUUCUUGGGUUAUCCAGAAUGUGGGUCUGAAGAUGGCAACCAAUUUGUUUAUUCGAACACCUUCGUGCCUCAUGUACCGGGGAGAGGAAUACCACCGGAGCUAUGGAAGUAAGAUUUUUUUACAUGAGUGCUUUCAGUACCAGUACUUCCUCGCAUUAAAGGGAUAUUCUGGCGUAAAAUUAAGUUAGCAUCAAACACACCUUAAGAGAUGUAUGUUGCUGACCGCUUGCUUCUCUAGUUAUACCAACUUAAGUAACAACUGCAGGAUAGCAAGGACUCUUCACUUCCUCUCUGAGUGCUUGCAGAACACACUUCGCAAGUGUCAACUACACCAGUAAAAACAUGUUUAUUCUGUAAUUACCUUCUUCUUCUUCCUUUUCUUCUUCUUCUUCUUCUUCUUCUUCUUCUUCUGCUUCUUUUUUUUAUUCUUCUCUUUCUUCUUCUUAUUUAGUUACAGAGAAUCACUAGCUGUUUAAGAUGUGAAGGCUUGUUACUAAGGAAAUUAAAAAGACUUUUAUCAUGUAAAAUUGUGAUCUUAUCUACACUCAAUAACUCAUCAGACCACUACAUACAUAUUCCCCGUUAGAUUGAGAUUCUGGUCGUACUUUGUUGAUUAUCUUUACCACAAUCUGAAGCAGUCUUUUAUUGUUACCUUUGAAAACGUUCUGGUUUCUCUGAAGUUUAUCCUCAGGCGUAUGACAUGGUUCCUACGAUGGCCAGAAUGGGCAUGGCUGGUCCAAUGGGACCCGCUGGACAUGGAAUGGAAGCUGCACCUAUAGAAACGGUCCGCAGUUUUUUCCCUGAGACUUGGAUAUGGGACCUGGUUGAAGUUGGGUGAGUUUCUGUGACAUGACAGCAAACUAUCAGAGAAUAUUUAACAUUUGCACAUGAUUGUAUGAGGAUUUUUCUAGACAAUUGAUCUAACAAGACAGUUCAACCUUAUUUUGGUGGUGCACUCUUCAUGAAGCUGUUAUGUUUUAAACUAGUGAAGUAGUCCCUCGAGUCUGACGAGUAGUGUGAAAUUUCAGGUAAGAAAUCUGUGAUACUGAAGCUUUUGUAAUUCCCUCACCUUUAAAGACGAGGCCUGUGUGUUUCUGUGUUUCUGCUCAUUCAGAGCGACUGGAACAAAAGAUGUGCCCCUCACCGUCCCUGACACCAUCACCACCUGGGAGACGGAGGCUUUCUGUCUGUCUCCUCAAGGUUUCGGCUUGGCUCCUCGUAAAGAGUUCACUGUCUUCCAGCCUUUCUUCCUGGAGCUCAGCCUGCCUUACUCCAUAAUCCGAGGGGAGACCUUUGAGCUGAAGGCGACUGUCUUUAACUACAUGAGCAGCUGCAUCAUGGUAAUUAAUGUUUGUUAGUAGGGCUGCACAGUAAAUUGCAGUUUUUUUAUGAUCACAAAAGGCGUUGUUAUAAUACCAAAAUGUUACACUUGGCUGCAUUAUCAGGCAACCAGAAAUAAUAUCUUGGGUACAGGGAGUUGCAGAAUAUAUUUUUUUAAAUGUCUAAUGCUGGCACACAUUAGACAUGCACACAAAAUGCACAAUGAUAUAGUUGUAUUUGCAGCUUCCCGCAAAAAUUGUGCAGAUAUUACAACCCUUACAAUCUCUUUUAAACAGGUUACCGUGACUCCAACCCCGUCUUUGGAAUACACCCUCACCCCCCUCUCUGGUGACCAGUACACAUCCUGUUUGUGUGGCAAUGAGCGCAAGACCCUCAGCUGGAACAUGGACCCCUCGGCUUUAGGUGAGGGUCAGGCUUUUGUUCCCACCUGUGUUGGAGGUUUGCAGCAGGACAGUAACAGCCACAGGGACACACUGGUAGACAACUUUGGGUUCAGAGGCCACAGAGAGGAGUGGGUCAAGCCCAAAAAAAUCAUUUUAAGGAAACAAAGUUUAAGCAAGACGCACAGACCACAAAUGAAACUAAAUGAACGUAUCAUACUCAUGUUUCUUUGAGCCUAUAGAAUCAAAAAUUGCGACUAAAACAUCCGGUUGUGAAGUUUUUUUUCUGACUCCAAGAAAAAUUCAAAAGUUACAUCCAAGUGGAAACUGACAAUAAAGAUCUUUCCCGUCUGUGUUUUUUUUUAAUCAUUUUUUUAGGUGUUGUGAAUGUGACUGUGAGCGCCGAGGCUGUGGUGUCCCACGCUUCCUGUGACAAUGAGAUUGUGAGCGUCCCAGAGAGAGGUCGCAUCGACGUGGUCACCAAAUCCCUCAUAGUAAAGGUAAGUACAUUGAAACCAUAGACUAUAAAAAGAUGGACGAGAUGACAGCUCUCUUGCAAUGAUGCAAAAAUUUUAGAGCUCCCCCUAUUGACUGGUCAUGAUGCCCACCUCACCUAUGUUCACUAAUACGAUUUUCAGAGCAGUUGGCUCUUUUCAUGCAGAGCCACAUCUAAGAGUUUAUUUUCUUCCAAGUCUUAGUUUUAAUUAAGUAUCGGAUGCUUAACAGAUAGAUGUAAUUGAUAAAUGAGGCUCCUGCAGUGCUCUGUGCAGGUUAUUAGCUGAAUACAGGAAGCAUAAAGUAAGAAAACACGAGUGAAAUGUGUGGUUUAGCUGGUGGAAAUCACCUCUCUUUGGAAAAGUAGAAAGGACUUUGUAUUUAUUUUGAGUGGACCCAAGUGUCUUAACCAUGGCAUGUGAUCCAGAAUGAAAACUCUGAUACAAACACUAUCCCCCUUGCAGGCUGAAGGAACCGAAGUGACGAAGACCCACAACUGGCUGCUCUGUCCAAAAGGUCAGUGUGGUUAGUGUAAAAGCUGACUCUGCAAAUCCAUUAUGUCAAAUGAUUUCACAUCUUUGUUUUAGCACUGAGUGUUACCUCGGUUCCUCUGAACAAGGUGUCUGAUCUGCAUUUACAGAUGAAACUCUGAUGGAGGAAGUAGACAUACAGCUCCCUGAUAAUGUGAUUGAAGGAUCUGCUCGUGUGCUUGUUUCAGUCCUGGGUAAAAUGAAUACAUACAAUAACAGACCUGGCUCCUCCGAAACAUCAUGACUAAUGUUCUUUGUGUGAUUGACAACUUUAAAGCUCCUGUGAAGAUGUUUUUUGAUGUUUAUGAAAUAGAUGAAGAAUUUACACUGAUGUAUUUAUAUGAUGUACACAAGCAAACAAGACCAGACAAUUUUUAAAGUGUGAUUGAAAUGGCUUGAACUGGUGCGAGGGGGUAAAAGUCAGCCAAGCAGCAGUAGAAUCAGCCCUAUUUUGACUAUUUCAACAAGAUUAUACUCCACAAACCCAUAUAGAAGUUAAAGUGAGUUCAGUUACAUGCGGGCUGCUUCUGAUUCUGUGUUUUUGUGUAGGUGAUAUCCUGGGUCGAGCUCUGAAGAACCUGGACGGGCUUCUGCAAAUGCCAUAUGGAUGUGGAGAGCAGAACAUGGCCCUUCUGGCCCCCAACAUCUACAUCCUCCAAUACCUGAAAAACACCCAGCAACUGACCCCAAAAAUCAUGGAGAAGGCUUCUAACUUCCUGACCAGUGGUGUGUGUCUGCAGUUUUAAUAUUGGAAUAGGGCCAUUAUGAAAUCUGACACUCACGUCAUGAAAUAUCACAAAAACAAUAAUAUCAUGACGAAUGUGGAAAAAAACAAAAAGCGUCACAAUCUGUCAACUUUGAGAAAAGUAAGACAAAUUAAAGAAUAUAUGGGAAAAAAUUACUAAAAACAUUGAUGCUGAAAAUGAACUGUAUCAAGUAUUAGGACAAGCAUACAAAGAUAAACCCUUCAAAAAAGUGAUUUUAAAACCAUACUUCAGUCUUCAAUCCCUCAAUAAAGAAAAUAUAUUAAGAUUUAAACAAAGAGGGAGACAUAAACAUUUCAAAAGAGCAAUGGGAAUAAAUUUUCAGAGAGGUUCAGAGAAUACCAAACUCCUCACUGUGGAGAGGAACUUAAAGUGAUGACAAGUAUUUAUUCCUCUGUCACAGGCUACCAGAGACAGCUGAACUACAAGCACAGUGGAGGUGCUUACAGCACGUUUGGAACGGGAUCAGGGAACACCUGGUGAGAGCAUCUCUGAUUUAUAUAUACACCAGCGUCUGUCAGGCUAUUCACAGAAUCAAAAGUAAACAAGCCUCACAAAAAACAAACUUUCAUUUUUGGUCAGAAUAUAUUUUAUUUUAUCCAUUAUAUGUUUUUCUAUUGGUGCUGAAAUGUGGUCGAUUAUGUAAUCCCAGUGUAAUGAAGUUCAGAGAACAGUUCAGUGAUCCUUUAAGUUUGUACAGUCCACAGCUGAUCACUGUGCUUGUUUAAAGCACACACACACUCACUGACUCAAAGUUCAGUGACUCCUGUCCUUAUGCUGGUGAUGUUUUCUCCUCUUGUUCAUCUUUUACUCUGCUAAUCUAAUGCCCACAGCACCAUGGAAACCUCAUUUCUCAACAGAGCUGCCAAUCAUGUGGCUCUAACAAGUUAAAGCUACCUUUUUUCAGAGAAAUGAACACGCGGAUAAUAAUAACUAACUAAAAUGACAGAAAAGUCAAACCCAUGCCUCAUCUGUUAACAUGGAAGAGACAGGCUUCACUUUUGAGGAGCUGUCGUGUUAUCUUUCCUUUAUCCCGGCUGAUACACAGUCAGUUUAAUUAUUUGGAAAGGUAAACCGUUUUUCAGAAGACCAAUCAGAAUCAAGAAUUCCCUCAGACCUUAUUAUAAUCAUUUGUUGAUAUACUCAGGCUGACGGCUUUUGUGCUGAGAUCUUUUGCCAAAGCUCAGUCCUUCGUCUUCAUCGAUCCAGAGAAGAUCAGUGAGUCAAAGCUCUGGCUGGAGAGCAAGCAGCGGGAACAAGGCUGCUUUGAAAAGUCAGGAAAACUUUUCAACAACAGAAUGAAGGUAACAGACACAUGCUAGCUCCAGGGGCCAAACCCUCUAAAAACAGAUUUAUUUUCUCAAUAUAUCAACUACAUUUCUGCAAUUUCAUGUUUGGUGUUUUUGUUCUCAUCUCUGGACUUCCACCACAUCAAGUCACAAGUGUUUAGAUUUUCUCUGUGUGCCUUGUAUUUUUUAUAUGCUGUUUUAAUUUUAAUUAAGAGACAAACAAAAAAAUUAAAGAUUUUAACCAGCAAACAAUUAAAAGAGAUGGCCUCAGUAUGCUUCUCUUGUUUUCAUAAAUAUCAUUUAAGGAAAUUAAAAGCAAAGGCCGUUUUAAUGGUCAGACCAGCAUAAGUGGAGGUUUGGAGGUCCCAUAAUGUUAACUGUCCAUUAAAAACUUUUUCUUAACAGGGCGGUGUGUCUGAUGAAGUGACCCUCAGUGCGUACAUCAUUGCUGCCUUCCUGGAGAUGAACUCAUCCGUGAGUGUGAGUAGACUCUUGAAUUAUAAAGAACUUGGUUAUAGUUGAUCCUGCUGUGGAAACUGUCCCAGUUCUUGACUAAAAACCACAGCAGCCAGUACAUCACAUAAGAUCACAUAGAGACACUGGUCUUCUUUCACAGUAACCCCCCCCCUUAAUUUUCAUGAAGAAAGAUCCUAAUGAAAGUUGAAAUAAGACUCAUGCCCCCACUUGUGAACUAAAGGAUUCAUCCCUUCUCUGUUUAAAAUGAUAAUGUCCUUUAUGUGAGGUUAAAAUUCAUUUUUCUUAAUUUUUAAGUAUAUGACCCUCUAAUGGUGAUAAAAGAGCUUAGAACUUCAGGGCCAUGUGAAAUCUGACAAGACUUGUAAGAGAUAAAGCUCAAAGGGGUGAUGAAUGGCUCUUUUACCUGAACAUACAGAAUGUUGAUGCAUGUUGUGUGGGGAUGCUGCUGGCUCACAGCUGCUACGAUCGAGCAUGAUAGGGGUGGUCUUCUCAGCAUGAACCAAAUGUACUUUUAGAUGUGUAAAGACUGAGGCUGUGGGAUUAAUAAUCCUGUUCUUUUUUAUUAUUAUUGUAGAAUCCUGUGGUGGAAAACGGUCUGUCCUGCCUCAGAGCGUCCCUGGGUGACCUCAGCAACACCUACGCCACGGCUCUGAUGGCGUACGUCUUCACUCUGGCAGGAGACAUGGAGACCCGAGCUCAACUUCUGAGGCAUCUUGACACAGUUGCGUUACAAAAAGGUCUGUAACCAGCUCAAAUAAUUCUUUCUGGUAUCAUCCCUGAGCAUGUAGCUCACCCUGUGUCUGUUUCCCUGUUUGUGGCUGAUUUUAGGAGGGUACCUCCACUGGUCUCAGACAGCAACAGACACCUCGUCCUCUCUGUCUGUGGAGAUCAGCUCUUAUGUGCUGUUGGCCAUACUCAGCGCCCCUCCGUCUGUCGAAGAGCUGGGCUACUCCACCCGCAUUGUCAGAUGGCUGACCACCCAGCAGAACUAUUAUGGAGGCUUUUCCUCCACACAGGUACCACAGAAACAAAGUAAACUGGAGCAAAUAUGGAACAGAUAUGAGAGACAGAUAGUGUUCUUCAAAAUGUCUGUUUCUCUGAAAAAUGUGCUCUCUAAAGGCUCUGAUCAGGGAAUUAUCUUACAUUAAAGAUUAGACAAAAUGGAGAAUAUAUUGACCUAUAAAUACUGAUCUCAGUUUGUGUUUGUGUGUGUGUUUAAAAAUAACAGGCUAUUGUUAAUAUCUUUAUGAAUUUUGAGCAUCCUUACGUCUUUGUCAAACAGAGAGCUGCAAUCUCUCCAUCAUAAAAUAACACUUAUCCCUCAAAAACAUUUCUGUUUGUGUGUUUUAGGACACAGUGGUGGCUCUUCAGGCUCUGGCUCUUUAUUCCACUCAUGUGUUCAGUCCAGAGGGUUCAAGUACUGUGACUAUCCAGGCUCCUAGCAGUCAGUUGUCAUUCGAUGUAAACCCGCAGAACAAACUUCUCUACCAGGAGGAGGUGCUGAAGGACGGCGAAGGAAAGUACAGCCUGCAGGUGAAAGGAACUGGGUGUGCUUCAAUGCAGGUUAGUGAACAUGCUGUUUUGUUUUUUGAGGGAGAGCAGAAGUUAUCAAGAAAACAUGUUUUUUGGAUAUUUUCAUUGUUUAUAUAUUGAAGAGCACUCUGUUUUCUAAUAUUUCUUAUGUGAUACAAUUAAAGGUACAAGCGCAUGUUAUUUUCACAGAUGAUUGCUUUGUUGGCUGUAAUGUUGCUGGAUUUUUUUUCAUGUAUUAGACUUUUAACAUGUGCCAAAAAUGCAAAUGUGGUAAAAAGCUUCUCAUGCUCAGAGUUUACUGAAUUGAGAGGACAGGGUUUGGCUAUUUAUCUUCAUAUUGAUAGAGGAAAUGCCCUGAUCUGUUUAUCAGAUUUCUCUUCACUACAACAUCCCAACUCCUACUGCUGGCACCACGCUCAGAGUGGAGGUCAAACCAGAAGCCAAAUGUGACAGCUCCUCUAACAGACGCAGGCUGACCCUGAAAACCAAAACACUGUGAGUUUAAACACUGGCUCAAAUCUGGCCUUACUGUCAUCUUCCUGUUACACCGUCUCUCACUGUUAGUGUUCUGUGAUGCACCUGCACUGCAUAUGGUGACGGUACUGUAAAACAUGGCAUCUUACUCCUUUUUAUGGCAACAGAUUAAAAUUAAACUGGUUAGUAAAACUUAAGGUAGCACUUUAUUAUACACCUAUCUCUAGAAUGCAUUAGAAAUAUAUUUAUAAUGUGUUAUAAUCAUGUUAUAGCACUGUAUUACUAUAGUUAUAAACACUCAUAAAUGAUCAUAAUGCUUUAUAGCACUAAUAAUAACAAAUUAUAAAGCAUUUUAUCAUAACUUACAAGGCCAAGUAUUAUAAUGUAUUAUAACUGUUAACAACAGAGGAAUUGCAUUAUCUACACUACAGGCCAAAAGUUUGGAGGCAAGGCCAUGACAGGCCGAACAGUUGGGAGUGACUUCACAUUUUGUUCACAAUGCUUUUUUUAAAAUCCAGCAUGAUUUUAUGUAUUUUGGGAUGUAUUUACUCCAUGAUCAGAUGUUGCUUUCAUGGAAAUGCACCAUUUUACUCCAUUUACCUUUAGAUAUACACUCACCGGCCACUUUAUUAGGUACACCAUGCUAGUAACGGGUUGGACCCCCUUUUGCCUUCAGAACUGCCUCAAUUCUUCUUGGCAUAGAUUCAACAAGGUGCUAGAAGCAUUCCUCAGAGGGCUUGGUCCAUAUUGACAUGAUGGCAUCACACAGUUGCCGCAGAUUUGUCGGCUGCACAUCCAUGAUGCGAAUCUCCCGUUCCACCACAUCCCAAAGAUGCUCUAUUGGAUUGAGAUCUGGUGACUGUGGAGGCCAUUUGAGUACAGUGAACUCAUUGUCAUGUUCAAGAAACCAGUCUGAGAUGAUUCCAGCUUUAUGACAUGGCGCAUUAUCCUGCUGAAAGUAGCCAUCAGAAGUUGGGUACAUUGUGGUCAUAAAGGGAUGGACAUGGUCAGCAACAAUACUCAGGUAGGCUGUGGCGUUGCAACGAUGCUCAAUUGGUACCAAGGGGCCCAAAGAGUGCCAAGAAAAUAUUCCCCACACCAUGACACCACCACCACCAGCCUGAACCGUUGAUACAAGGCAGGAUGGAUCCAUGCUUUCAUGUUGUUGACGCCAAAUUUUGACCCUACCAUCCGAACGUCGCAGCAGAAAUCGAGACUCAUCAGACCAGGCAACGUUUUUCCAUUCUUCUAUUGUCCAAUUUCGAUGAGCUUGUGCAAAUUGUAGCCUCAGUUUCCUGUUCUUAGCUGAAAGGAGUGGCACCCGGCGUGGUCAUCUGCUGCUGUAGCCCAUCUGCCUCAAAGUUCGACGUACUGUGCGUUCAGAGAUGCUCUUCUGCCUACCUUGGUUGUAACGGGUGGUUAUUUGAGUCACUGUUACCUUUCUAUCAGCUCGAACCAGUCUGGCCAUUCUCCUCUGACCUCUGGCAUCAACAAGGCAUUUCCGCCCACAGAACUGCCGCUCACUGGAUAUUUUUUCUUUUUCGGACCAUUCUCUGUAAACCCUAGAGAUGGUUGUGCGUGAAAAUCCCAGUAGAUCAGCAGUUUCUGAAAUACUCAGACCAGCCCUUCUGGCACCAACAACCAUGCCACGUUCAAAGUCACUCAAAUCACCUUUCUUCCCCAUACUGAUGCUCGGUUUGAACUGCAGGAGAUUGUCUUGACCAUGUCUGCAUGCCUAAAUGCACUAAGUUGCCGCCAUGUGAUUGGCUGAUUAGAAAUUAAGUGUUAACAAGCAGUUGGACAGGUGUACCUAAUAAAGUGGCCGGUGAGUGUACAUUGAUGUUAACAGACCAUUGCUAAAUAUAUGUCAGUAAAAGACAAUAAGGGCUUAGUUUUAGGGUUGAAAACAUUUGCAAGAGUCACAACUUCAGUGCAAAGGCAAAAAAACAAAUCACGGUUAGUUUAUUCACUUUAACUUUUUGGCAUUUGAGAGUCUGCAGACAAAAUCCUAAUAAAUCUCAACUGCGUUCAAACUACUGCAGAAAUGGCUAGAAAGAAGCAACUGAGUAAAGAAACAAAAGUACUGAUUUGUACACUGAGGAAAGAAGGAUUCACAGAAAGAGAAAUUGCAAAACGCCUAAAGGUGUUUAACAAAGGAGUCCACUACACUCUGAAGAGACUAGAGGAACCUGGAAGUUAUGAUGAUAGAAAAAGACCUGGACAAAAGAGAGUUACUACAAAAGCAGAGGAUAAACAUAUCAUUGUCACCAGUAACAGAGAUCAGCGAAAGACAGCACCAAAAAUAGGGGAGGAAAUCAACAUGACAAGGUCGAAACCCUGCAAAAAUCUGUGUAUCUGCAAAAAAACACUACUUCAUCCAAAGAACAAGAAAAAGAAAUAUGAGUGGGUAAAAGCUCACAAAAAUUGGACUUAUGAUGACUAGAAACAAGUUUGCACUGUUUGGUUCAAAAUGCAGAGUCUAUGUCCACAGACAAACUGGUGAACGUCUGAAAGCACCAUGUGUUACACCCACAAGGUGGUAGUUCCAUGGCAUGGGGAUGUUUUGCAGGUGAUGGAGUAGAAGAUUUGUUUGAAGUAAAGGGUAUCAUGAAGAAGGAACAGUACCAGUACCACUCCAUCCUCCAGCACCAUGCUGUUCCAUCUGGACUCAGACUUGUGGCUCAUAAGUUUGUUUUGCAGCAAGACAAUGACCCUAAGCACUCUGCCAAGCUCUGUCAGGGUUACCUAGACAAAAAGAAGAGGAAGGUGUUCUUCAAAAGAUGGUUUGGCCCCCUCAGUCUCCAGAUUUUUCUCAACUGAGCUUGUGCGGGAUGAAUUGGAUCGAUCGGUCAGAAAAACAUGUCCCACGAAUCAGCAGUCUCUUUUUAAUGAAAUUAAGAAAGCUUGGAAUGCAAUCCCUGGAACAUAACUUAAAAAACUUGUGGAACGAAUGCCUGGUAUAUGCCAAGCUGUUGUUAAAGCCAGAGGAGGUUACUUUAAAGAAAGCAAAGUCUAAGCAACAAUAACUUAAAUACCUAAUUAAUUAUAGUCAAAAUGUCUUCUGAUAAGUUACUCUUUACACAAUAGCCAUGUUUAUUGUGUUGCAAAUUAUAUAUAUGAAACUAUGAUUUUUUUUGUACAAAUCUGCUUCCAAACCUUUUGGCCUGUUGUGUAUGUGGGCAUUGUCAGUGAGUUGUUAACAGUUAUAACACAUUAUAAUACUUGGCCUUGUAAGUUAUGAUAAAAUGCGUUGUAGUUUGUCAUUAUUAGUGCUAUAAAGCAUUAUGAUCAUUUAUGAGUGUUUAUAACCAUAGUUAUACAGUGCCAUAACGUGAUUAUAACGCACUAUACAUAUAUUUAUAAUGUGUUAUAGAGAUAGGUGUCAAGUAAAGCGUUAACAAACGGAACACUAAAAAAUAAAUAAGCAUGAAAAGAACUAGUAAGCACAGAAACAGAAAUCAUGCUUGAAAAAAAUGUAUUUCACGUACAGUCUGAUUGUGAAGUUUGCAGGCUUUAUGACUUACACAGUGACCAGUCAGUAGGGAGAGCUCUGAAAGUUUUGGCUUUAUAUUUAGGGAGCUUUAAUCUUACCAUUCUUUUCAUAUAGUUACUUAAAUUCACUUUUAUAUCAUGAUACACAUCAAAGAAAGUUGUACUUUAUAUCAGCAUUCAUGGACUGACUGCUGUAUAAAGGCACAUGUAAUAGCAAAAGAAAGUAAAAUUGAGAAAAGGAGGUGUUUUCAGUAACUUACUUUUGAUGUUCUGCUACAGAUACUUUGGUGAAGAGAGGACUACAAACAUGGUGAUUGUGGAUCUCAAAAUGCUCUCUGGGUUUGUCCCAGACCCCGAGUCUUUGAAGAAGGUAGACUUUUUUGAAACAGCAAUCUCAAACCUGAUCAUUCAUUAUUGUCAUGAUGAAGCUGAUGUUAAUCCAGCUGACUGCUGUCUCCACACAGCUCAAACGAGCCCUGCUGGUGGAUCGUGUCGAGGAAAAGAAAGAUCAUGUUGUGGUGUAUCUUAAUGAGGUGAGAGGAAUCACAGUGAGUAAAAAGAGCAGUACUCAAAGGUGCAGAUUUGCUACUUUUCUAACAUUAUCUUUUUGUCUGUCAUCAGUUACCAAAGGACAUAUCCAUCAAUCAUGAGUUAGAGCUCAUACAGGAGCUCCCAGUGCAGAACCUGAAGCCUGCUGUCGUCCAGAUCUACGAUUACUACCAGCCAAGUAAAUGAGCUGUUUACUUUACACACACUUGGUGUUUGAUAUCAAAUCCUAAAACUCAAAGUUAUGUCUCAGAUGUUCAGUACUUGGAUGGAAAACAUCACGUAUUAUCACUUUAGUUUGAGGAAAGGAAAGCAAGGAAGUAAAGAAUUGUGCAGCUUUUUCGCCCACUUAACCCAUGCAAAUGAGCAAAUACAAUAUCAUACUUUACAAAGCAGUCACUCACAGUUAGAUGCACCUAAAAACUGCACUUCAGAGCAGAUAGCAUCUCUGUUAUUAUGGGAUCAUUUUAAGGCAUAAUUUGCCCUUUUUUGUACUUUGCAAAGCUUUCUUAUUUACAAACAGCAGUACUCAUUUCUGUUUAGUUCCUGGUCUCUCUCUUCCUCUAAUUUGACUUUUCCUUUUUUUCUCUUCUAGAUGACCAGGCUGAAACCCAGUACACCUAUCCCUGUGCAGGUAAUAGUCCACGACAGGGUUGAUUACUUCACAAAUAUCCUUAAACCAGCCUAAGAGGUUGGGUGUUUUUCUCAAAGACCCCUAUUUAAUUUAGGAUUGAGAAGAAAGGGGACCUUUGUGUUCCGAAAGGCAGAAAUAGUAAUUAAAAGACUCUAGGGACUUACUUGUUCCAGAGCAUUUUAUUGUAACCUUGAAUCAGUGGUGUAGUCUAGAUGAUACGCAUAUACUAGAAAAGUACUUGAAAAUGUGCAAAGACAUGUAACAACCAAAGUUCUGACCACAACUUCACAACUGUUCACAGGGUUAACUUUUUCAAUUUGAUAACAUCCUUAACUGAGGAAAUUUUGAAGGACCUGACAUUCAUAACUUUUGGUCAUAUAGCAGAAACUUUUGAUCCAGCGCCGUUCCUGAGAUCCUGGAUAAAAGCUGGUCUUCGUUUCUAAAGUGACAGAGCAACGAAUAGAUGUCAAGCCUGUAUGUUUUAAGGUCAGAAAAAUGUAUUAAUCUAUUAUGCUGCGUUGGAUGAGUCGCGGUUCACCUGCUUUGCUGAGGAUUGACAUGUGUAUCAAAGUCCUAUUAUAAGUGUUAUUGUUAUUUAUUACCUGAUGCAGUUUAAUGCCCAGAUUCCACACUUUGUGUAAAUAGCAGGUGAUCUUGCGCUUACAUUAGUGUCCAUGGAUGUGGUGGUGGCACUAAUGUAAGCGCAUUGCUACCUGGAAAAAGUGUCUGCGUCUCAGGCAAAAGGAUAGGAUGUAUUUUCCUGAUCUUCAGGGGGCAUUCCUAUUAGUGAGAGGGUUAAAGGGGGAUCGAAUCAACUACAAAAAAAAAAAAAAAAAACUAGACUACACCACUGCCUUAAAUAGACCCUUUUGCAUAUGUUCUCAGAAACUUCAAAAGAAAGUCCUAAUCUCUCUGUAACUUGUAUUAAACACACUUUAAUCAGGUGGUCUUCCCUUUUUUUAUGACAUCAACCAGUCUUUUUCAUUUCAUGGCUAUCAGCUGGACAAUCUAGAGAACAUAUAAUAUUUUGUCAAUUUCUGUCUAAAUAAAUUGGAACCCAAAAAUAACACCAAAAAUAAAGAUUAAUGAAUGAAUGCAUGCUCUAACAUGUUUUUUUCCUCUUGUUUACAGCUUAA